CGGCCCCCGCCCCCGAGGAGCCGGCCCGGGACCCCCCGGGGCCGCUGGCGCUGCUGCGCUCGCGGGCGCUCGACGUCACCUUCGAGGUGGGCGACGACUACGAAAUCAUCGAGACCAUCGGCACCGGCGCCUACGGCGUGGUCAGCUCGGCACGGAGACGGGACACAGGCCAGCAGGUGGCCAUCAAGAAGAUCCCCAACGCCUUCGACGUGGUGACCAACGCCAAGCGGACGCUGCGGGAGCUGAAGAUCCUCAAGCACUUCAAGCACGACAACAUCAUCGGCAUCAAGGACAUCCUGCGGCCCAGCGGCCCCUACGGAGAGUUCCGGAACGUCUACGUCGUUCUGGACCUCAUGGAGAGCGACCUCCACCAGAUCAUCCACUCCUGCCAGCCACUCACCCUGGAGCACGUCCGCUACUUCCUCUACCAGCUCCUGCGCGGCCUCAAGUACAUCCACUCCGCCAACGUCCUGCACCGCGACCUCAAGCCCAGCAACCUCCUGGUCAACGAGAACUGCGAGCUCAAGAUCGGCGACUUCGGCAUGGCCCGCGGCCUGGGCGCCGACCCGCGCCACACCAAGCCCUUCCUCACCGAGUACGUGGCCACGCGCUGGUACCUUGCGCCGGAGCUGCUGCUCUCCCUGCACCGCUACACGCGCGCCAUCGACAUGUGGUCGGUCGGCUGCAUCUUCGCCGAGAUGCUGGGGCGCCGCCAGCUCUUCCCGGGACGCAACUACGUCCACCAGCUCCAGCUCAUCAUGGCCGUGCUGGGCACGCCCCCGCCGGGCGUCAUGGCCGCCAUCGGCGCCGAGCGCGUCCGCGCCUACGUGCAGAGCCUGCCGCCGCGCCCGCCGGUGCCCUGGGAGAGCCUCUUCGGCCAGGCCGAGCCGGCGGCGCUGGCGCUGCUGGGCCGGAUGCUGCGCUUCGACCCGCGCGAGAGGGUGGGCGUGGCCGAGGCGCUGCGCCACCCCUUCCUGGCCAAGUACCACGACCCCGAGGACGAGCCCGAGUGCGUGCCCGCCUUCGACUUCGCCUUCGACCGCCAGGCGCUCACCAAGGAGGAGAUCAAGGCGGCCAUCGUGGCCGAGAUCGCCGACUUCCACGCCCGGCGCGACGGCAUCCGCCGGCAGAUCGCGCCGGCGCCGGGGGGCGUGGCCAACAGCGUGAAUGCAACCAAUGACGUCAGCAGGAGAAACGUCGAGGUCGGCGCGGCCGACAAUGGGGUCGGCGUCGAGCUCAACGCGCCCAACGAUCCAUCAUGGCCGCCGUGCGCCGACGUGGACAUGCCCAGCCCCGGCCCCGCCCCCGACUGCCCAAUGGAGUCGCCGCGGGUGAAGGCGGAGCCGGCAGUGGGGGCGGGGCCGGCGGUGGCUCCGCCCAAGAGGGACGGCGCCAUCUCGGACGACACCAAGGCGGCGCUGAAGGCGGCGCUGCUGAAAUCGGCCAUGAGGAACAAGAGCAAAGACCCGCCCUGCGCGGCGCCGGAAGCGCCCGAGUGCCGCAAGCCGGUGACGGCGGCCGAGCGCCAGCGCGAGCGGGAGGAGAAGCGCCGGCGCCGCCAGGAGCGCGCCAAGGAGCGCGAGAAGAAGCAGCGCGAGCGCGAGCGCCGCGAGCCACGCCCACGGGGGGAGGGGCUCCACGGCCUCGUCCUCACCGACGACGACCGGCACCUCCUGGAGCGCUGGACCAAGAUGGCCGACGGCGCCCAGCCCCGCCCCCAGGCCCCGCCCCCCUGCGCCGCCCCGCCCAACGAGGCGUGGCCGGGCCCCCGCGGGGUGGGCGGAGCCUCCGGACGUGGCCACGGUGACGCAGCAGCUGCAGAAGUCGCAGGUGGAGGAUCCGCUGCCGCCGGUGUUCCCGGUGACGCCCAAGGGCAGCGGCGCCGGUUACGGCGUCGGCUUCGACCUGGAGGAGUUCCUGAGCCAAUCGCUCGACAUGGUGGGCGAGGCCAAGGACAGCCAUUUGGACUCGGCGCCGCUGUCGGCGUCGCUCUUGGCCGAUUGGCUGGAGGUUCACCGCCUCAGCCCCGCCGCGCUCGAGAGCCUCCAGCGCGACCUCAGCCUGGGGCUCGCCCAUGCUCGACGACCUCCCCCGAGCCCUGACCCCGCCCCUCAUCUCCAUACCCGGGACACGCCCCCUCCCCGCCCGCCCGGAUUAAACUUUGGACACAAA